AUGCGGUUACUAGCCGCGCUCUCUGCGCUAGUCGCCCUCGCCAGCGCCGCUCCAACAUCCAAAGACGCGCCGGUGUCCAUCGAUGGCCGUUUUGUGCUCGGCUCGUCGGGCAUGCUCACCAUCUCGCGCAUGGACCCGAUCGUGGCCCCCGGCGAGGUCGCUGGGCAUGUGCACAAGGUGUUUGGCGGCUCGGGCUUUAGAAGCCUGAUGAACACGCCAGACGACAAUGACAAGUCCGAGUGCACGACAGUAAAAGUCACGGCCGACAAGUCCAACUACUGGUCGCCCAUUCUCUACUAUAUCAACCAAAACGACACGUACAGCGCGAUUCCAGGAGCGAGCAAGAUCUACUACAUGCUGCAUAACCGGACAGCACCGAUCACUGCGUUCCCAAAGGGCCUGCGCAUGAUUAGUGGCACGGCGACGCGGCGCGACCCGGGGGCAAUACAGGUGCAAGGCGUGCGGCUCACGCUCGACGCCUACCUCUCCCAGCCGGUCAGCAACCAGCAGUACCUACCGAACGGGACGCACCACCCACAGCUGCCCGGUCAAAACUAUGCCCAGUUGAACGUCUAUUUCCCGAACUGCGGGUGGGCAAACCAGUCGCUCGACUCGUGGGACCACUUUAGCCACAUGACGUGGAUGGUCGAGAACGAGGACUGGGCCAUCAACUCGCGCACAUGUCCGGAAUCGCACCCGAUCAUGUACCCCAUGCUCUUCAUGGAGACGUUUUGGUACCUCGACGACCGCAUGACGCGCGAGUGGCGGCACGACAAGCCCAACUUUAUCCUGUCCAACGGCGACACGACUGGCCUUACCUGGCACUCGGACUUUAUCGCCGGUUGGGACGAGGACGUGCUGCAGAAUGCAAUCGACCACUGCCUCUAUGUCGGGGAGAAACUCGAAGACUGCCCGGCAUUCGACGGCCUGCUCCAGUUCUGGCCCGACCUCGAGCUGCAAAACUGCCGCAUGCAGAGCCAGAUUCCCGCCGAGGAUGUGGGCUACUAUCGGCCUCUGGAGCACCUCCCCGGCUGCAACCCCCGCUGGGACUGGGACGGGCCGAUCGACAAGCCAACAGACUGCCCGUGGUACGACAAGACAAAGUCGCCGGGGUGGACCUCGCCCAACCUCCAGUACAUGGGGACCCAAAACGUCGACGUGCCAAUGGUGCUGCCCAACGUGGACACGAGCAAUGUCUCGAGCCUGCAGCCGAUGACGGGUUACAAGUGGGACAAUGUCACAAACAAGUACACGUUCAUACCCAAGUUUGUUCCGUGGGCCAGGGACCGCAACGGCGAAAAGAACAUCACCACCGUGUUGGUCGGCACCCAAGCCGACGUCGACAAGAACCAGUUCAUUAUCAAGGGCGAAAACGACGUCGCAACAGGGUACGCGCAGGACAGCUGGGCGAGCACGUCCUGGACGGGCUUGACACCCAAGAAGCGCAUCUCGGCCGACCGCCUCAAGGCGUCCAUUGCAGGUGCUGUCCCCAACGCAAAGUACAGCCGGUACUGCUGGCGCGACCAACCGUGGUAUGGCUUCCCCUGCGAGGAUGGGCGACCCAAGGCCGGAAGCGGCAGUGGUGGCGGUAGUGGCGGCACCGCGUCUGGCGCAGCACCCCGCCGCGUGCACGUUGGGUGGCUGGUGGCGGCUGUGUUUGCGGGAGUGACUGCCAUGGUGUGA